AAUUGUUCAAUCAACUAAAUAUCAACCACUUGUUAAGCCUUGCAACAUGGCGCAGUCGCCCAAAAUGAGAGUCAGUCCCAUGGACAAUGUCAUGCCUCGGAUCUAUGCCAAUUUCAUCCUCGCUCUCCGGCUCAAGCCUGGCCCGUCCUCCGCCGUUCACCACAUCCUUGAAGAAAGUCUGCGCCGCACUUGCGACGAGCUGCCCAUUCUGCGUCGAAAGGUGUUUAUCGCCCAUCCUGACGGCCACUCGAGAGCUACCGGACUACUGGAGGCGAAAGAAAGCCCCGAAUGGAUACCUAAAGUCGUCUUCAAUGACUUGUCUAGCACAUGGCCAGACUACGGUGAGCUCGUAGAUUCGGGCUUCGAGCAGGAUGCUUUAGAUGGGCAGGCCCUCUUUCCCCGGGGCAUCUAUGAGCAAGACCUUCAUAAUAACGGUGCCUGUGCCUUGCUGGCACAGGCAAACUUUGUGGAAGGCGGCCUACUUCUUGCCUUUGGCAUAUUUCACCCGAUUGUGGACGGCCAUAGUGGUACGCUGCUUGUGAAGCUCUGGGCCAAGCACGCGAAGGCUCUUCAACAAAAUGUAGGGCCGGUCCUUGAUUUCCACCCAGAUUCUGCCGACUAUGGGCUUCUAGACAAGAUCUGGAAAGCCGAGAAUAUCGAACAGCCAUCAGAAACAACGCUGAAAACUGCAUCACCGGAAACAUGGAGACUUCUCGGAUUGAUUGCACCAUCGGAGGAGAGUGAAGAAGUUGACCUGACAGCCCCUCCACCAAGAAUGCGAACCACUAUCUUUUAUGUACCAGCUACGGACUUCAAGGCAUUGCGUGCGGAGGCUAAUGUUGGCAUCCAGGGCGCGCCUAAUACAGCGAAUGACGCGCUUAUGGCCAAACUCUGGAGGUGCAUCAUGAAGGCACGCUUGAUAGCAGCAGGUCCGUCCUCAGCUGAGUAUUCACCUGACAAGACAAGUCUGCUGGAUCUCACACUUGAUGGCCGCGCCCGAUUCUCGCAGAGUCUACCCUCAAGUUACAUGGGAACACUUGUCUUCAUCACAACGACUAGAAUGACAAUGGGGAAGCUCACUAGCGCUGAAACGUCGCUUGCGGAGAUAGCAACAGCUAUACGUCUAUCAGUAGACGCCGUUACUUCGAAACGGAUGCAAGAGGCGUUUGGGCUGGCACGUGCCCUACCAGACUACGGUGACAGUCUAAAAUUUCCGUUUGCGACGUUUGCCGGAGCCGAGGCAUGUUUCACCAGCUGGGUCGGGCUGAGCGCCUUUGACAUAAGCUUCGGCGACGUGUUAUUUGCUAACGGGGGGUGCGCUGACUACCUUCGACCACCACGAAGAGAGUUUGACGCAUUCUGCCGCCGCGUUGUGAUAUUGCCCAUGCAGAAAUCCGGAGGCUUUGAAAUAUUAGUUACGCUGAAAGAGGAGGAGAUGGGUUUACUUGAGAAAGACCUCGAGUUUGUGCGGUAUGCCAAGGUAGUCUGUCAUUAAGAUCUCUAUAAUAUGGAUUCGUGUUUGGAC